CAUGAACAUGCUGAAAACUCUGUUCCGGCACGCAAAGAGGCAUCCGGGGCUCGUCCCUCAGUUUAUCUUCAUGUUUCUGGGUGUGAGCGGAGCGUCUGUCUACCUGAUCCGACUCGCUCUUGGGCCUCAUGUCAGCUGGGACAGGAAGAAUAACCCUGAACCAUGGAACAAACUUGGCCCGACCCAUCAGUACAAGUUGGUGGCCGUCACAACAGACUACAAGCGUUUGAAGAAACAAGGGCCUGAAUUUUAAAAGACCUGACGGAACUACAGGGCCACACACACACACACACACACACACGUCACACACACACACACACACAGUCACACACUCACACACACACACACACACACACACACACACACUCACACUCACACUCACACACACACACACACAGUCACACACACACACAGUCACACACUCACACACACACACACACACUCACACACACACACACACACAGUCACACACUCACACACACACACACACACACACACACAGUCACACACUCACACACAGUCACUCACUCUCUCACACACACACACACACAUUCACACACAGACACAGUUACACACACUCACUCACUCACACUCACUCUCUCUCUCACACACACAGUCACACACUCACUCACUCACUCACACUCACUCUCUGUCUCUCACACACACACACACACACACACACACACACACACUGUCACACAUUCACUCACUCUCUCACACACACACACACACACACACACACAUUCACACACAGUCACACACACACACACUCACUCUCUCUCUCACACACACACAGUCACACACACACACAGUCACACACUCACUCACUCACUCACACUCACUCUCUCUCUCACACACACACACAGUCACACACACACACACACACACUCACUCUCUCUCUCACACACACACACGUCACACACACACACAGUCACACACUCACUCACUCACUCACACUCACUCUCUCUCACACACACACACACACUUUUACUAAACACUGUAUUCUUUGUAUGCUCCUGCUGCUACUAAAACCAUUUAAAUUAGUUGUUUUAGCUAUUGAUAAUUUACUAUUGCAACAUAUGAAUAAACUUAAUGGACAUAUUUUCAGAGGAGCAAAUGAUGUAUUAUAAACUUGAUAAGCCCGAUAGCAGAUAUGAGUUCUGUUCCAAAACCUUGUUUGUCUACUACCUACAUAGGUAGCUUCCUUUUCUACAUCCGCAAUAUUGGGCGUUCCUAUUUGUCCCAUUCAUUUUCAUACUCCAUCUCGGGCUUAACAGUCUCUAACUCGACUCACAUUUGAUAGCAGAGUUUGACUGUAGCAUGUCGCUAAGCUAAUGAUGCAACACUCUAAUUAGCAUAAAAAUACACAGCAGGCACACAAAUAUUGAAAAAAAGUUUCCAGUGAGGCACUUACAAUGGAAGUCACUGGGGUCAAUUUUUGGAGUGUUUAAAAGGCAGAAAUGUGAAGCUUAUAAUUUUAUAAAAGCACUUACAUUCAGUCUGUUAAAACAGGUGUAUUAUUUGAGCUGUAAAAAUUUUAAUCAUAAUUUUUUACAGUCGUUUUAGGGGUGUAGGGUUUACGGCGUUAUGUCAUCAUGGCAACAAACAAUCUAAACAUAGAGCUUAACACCCAACUUAAAAGCUCGUCUGAAUAAAAAGGUCUUCAGCUGCUUUUUAAAAGAAUCAAUACAACGUAAGGACCACAGAAGUGCGUUCCAUAGUCUAUGUGCUUGAAAGGAUCAAUCCCCACAGCGGUUUAAAUCUGAUGUGAGGAACCACCAACAAUCUCUGGCCAUAUGAUCGAAGGCUCUGAGUAGAUAAAUAAGACUUUAACAGGUGUGAGAUAUACUGCGGUGCUUGUCCAUGUAAAGCCCUGAAAGUUAACACCAAGACUUUGAAAUGUAUUCUAAACUUUAAUGGCAACCAAUGAAGAGACGAAAGUUCCUGUUAAGAGCCUUGCAGCAGCAUUCUGUACCGUCUGAAGACGACCAAGAGCUGUUUUGUUGAGACAAAUAAAAAGAGCAUUACAAUAAUCUACUCGAGAAGAAAUAAAAGCAUGGAUACUCAUCUCCAGUUCAGCCUUGGACACCAGCCUUCUUCAUUUUGAAAUAUUCCUCAAAUGGAAAAAGCACUUAUGAUCCAACUUUUUGGAAUGCCAGUCUAAUUUGUCAAGAACAACACCAACGUUUCUGAGACUCGAUUUAACAGAGGAGCCUAAAGAACCAAUUUGCUGUCUAAUCUGAGGAAUUACAGUUUAUCAGGGGCAAUGAUCAGAGUUUAACUGGAGGAAGUUGAUGUCAGUCAAGCAACCAAUUAAGCCUGAUAAUUUGUGAAACUCAGAAACUUUGAAGGAACAAUACAGCUGGAUAUCAUUAGCAUAUAGGUGGUAGGAGACAAUACUGAACCAGCUGAUCUGUCCUAGAGGAAUUAUAUAUACCAAAAACAGAAUUGGACCCAAAACAGAACCCUGAGGAACCCCAUAAGACAGGACUGUUGUCACAGAAGCUCCCAUCAGAAAGAUAAGACGAGAACCAUUCCAAGACGGAUCCAGAAAUCCCAAUCAAAUCAUGAAGCCUAUUAAUCAUAAUACUGUGAUCAACGGUAUCAAGAGUGGAAGGUCCAAUAAAACUAAAACCGUGAAUUCUCCAGAAUCAGUUCCCAUUAAAAUAUCACUAGAAACUUUGAGCAGAGCAGUUUCAGUGGAGUGAUCACAGUAAAAUCAUGUUAACACACAUAUUGUUUAUGUCUUGUGUCUAUAUUUUUGAAACAGUGAGUAUUUUAAUGUUUACAGAUUGACCCCAUUGACUUCCAUUGUAAGUGUCUCGCUGGAACACACAUUUGUGCUUUUAUUAAAGAAAAGGAGGGACGAGUCGAAAUUAAUAUUUGUGGUCAUCAACAUUAUGACACAAAUGCUGUCGACUGAGAUUAACUUGUACUGAAUAUUCCUUAAAUACAGUCUUGUAUCUUUUUCUUUUUGUCUGAUAUUCAAAUACUUUUUUGUUUCAAAUCAAAGUUUGUAAUGUUUCGAUUCACCUCGGAGCUGGCUGGUUUGGUUCAUGGUUUGUUUGAUCAUAUUAAAUCCAUAUGGAAAAAAUAUCUGACGUCUGAAAAAGUGAACGAGCACUGUUGCACUCUAAGGAUUGUGACGAUAAAUGUAGCCAUAUUUACAUAGUUUGUGCAAAUCUUGCAAAUGCUUACACAAGUUACGAAGAACAUCAUCUUAUUAAAGUCUCGCUGAAAUAGUUCAA